AUGAGCGGCAUUGAAAUAGCAGGACUCGUGCUCGGUGCCUUUCCAAUUCUUAUCCACGCGCUAGAAAAGUAUCGAGAGGGGGCUGAGGUGCUGUGGGACUGGUGGCGGAUACAGCGCGCGUAUACGAAAUGGAGGCACGACCUCAACUACCACCGCAUUCUUUUCGAAGGCAACAUCGAACGAUUCCUCUUGCCCUUGGUCGUGGAUGAUGAUGAGCCGACGAAACUCAUGGCUGACCCUGCCGGUCAAGGAUGGAAAGACAAAAAGCUAGAGGGCAGGCUGAAGGAGCGUUUGCCUAGGUCGUAUGAUGUCUUCCUCGAAAUCAUGGAAAACGUCAAUGAGCUCAUGGAGUCUCUCAAGAAAGAACUGGGGGUUCAUAACCCAAACUUCCAAGUAAGGAAUCACAAAGUUGUCAAGCAGAGUUCAUCGAGGAAGGAAAUUUUGAGUAUGGCGAAUGUCGAGUUUCAAGCAAAGCGGCUAAAAUUCAGCCUGGGAAAAUCGUUGCGAGGGAGCCUCUUUGCCCAGCUUCAGGAGGCUAAUGACCGGAUGCGCAAUCUGCUCGAAAGCACCGACCAAAUAGCAGCCGCACGGAAAAGCCGAGGCACGGAGAUGGCAUCCUCACUCGCCAAUUGGAAGGUUAACGAAUAUUGGCGGCAUGCGAAACGCCUACAUGGAGCUUUAUCGAAGGCGUGGCAAUGUGAUUGCGCCAAUCAUGUUGCGAACCUUCAACUCCAAGACGCGACGUCUGAUAAGAUCGAAUUCGGCGUACUUUUUGAUAUGGGAGCCUCUCUUGGAACUCAGUGUUGGAGGGAAACCAGGAUCGAGACGAUGCCGGAUAUUGAGCAGUCACCACCAACGCCAACCGAUCAGCACGCAAAGUACGCAUCACAAGCCCCAAAGAUCAAAUUCGUCCACAGGGAAAUCCACAUCCGAUGA